UUGGAACAACCACAACUUUGGCUGAAGGAGAGGGACGUGCAGGUUGCACAUGCUCAUACAACUGUAUACUAUGUAACAGCAUGCCUGUAUGAAGAAGGACGACACCUCGAAUGUUUAAAUCCCACAAUUUGGGCAUGGAGGAUAGUUACAGGAAGCUGGGAGAAGAUUCCUUCCUCGUUUGCUGCUUACAUGACACGACUUGCUUGGAAUCACGUUGCCCUUAACAACUGCACGGCACACACUUAACUGGAAAGACAUGAAAGUGAAAAGCAGAGUGGACAAGGGAAGAGACUGAAUUCGCAAAGUUCUCCCAAAGCAGGCUUUCUUCUGGCCGUCACAAGCAAAGCUAAAGUUGUUCUUUGGACCUCUCUGCAAGUGCUCAUUCAUUUCCUUCCUACCUGCUGUUCUAGGAGAUUCUGCAAGCAAACAUGUUACAGUUUCUCAUUUUCAUUUUUAAAACUUUAAUCAGUUCUGUGUUAAUUGUUUACAUGACUGGUGUUCGGUUUAUACUGAUCAAAUCUAGCCUCCCCUUACCGGUUUCUUCCACAUUUGAGUUUUCUUUUUAUUUAAAUUCCAUACUGGCAGAAUCUGUAGCAUCUGUUUCUUAGACUGUUUCUUAUUUUGCUUAAUUUCAUGUUGUUUGUUGAAAAGCUCGCAAUCCUCAAAUCUGUCCUGUAUCCCAAGCCCAGUGAUUGAUUCUUCAUGAGUCAAAAUACUUAUUCGACACAGAGAGAAUCAUCCAGGAAGUGUAAGUAAGGAUGAGGUCCCGAGGACUUCUGGUAAGGCAUGUUGGGCGGCACCUGUCCACCUUAACUUCGGGAGCUUGGGACAGCUCACAGAAAAGACCGAUGCUGUGGUUGUUGUGAAAGUCUCACUGUCCCCAAUUCCACAAAGACCACUAGGAAAGCCCGGCUAAGAAGCUGGUGGACUGAUUGUACUGGAUGUCUUCCUCUUACCCAUACCCAGUGGGGUGGGGGUUGGAGGGUCUCCGGUGCCUCGGGGACAACAGGUCUAGGUGAGCAGCGCUUUAAGGCGAGUUUAGACAGGAGCGGUGCUCAACCUGUAGGAUAGGAUGUCUGCUUUAUAGAUCUAGUGUGACGACAGAGGGUUAAUGCCUUUCCCCAGAUGCCAUGGGGAAUGGCUUCUUCCACUUCUGGGAUAGUCCAUAUUAGGGCAGUGCUGGGUAUGUAAGAACUGCUCUAAUAGAGUUGGAAAGGAAAGGAUUUUUUUUUUUUAAAGCGAUAAUCUGGAGCAGAUUUAAGCUGACAUUCCCGAUAGAUGAACAUGUUAGUUUGGAAUCAGGCAAAAAAGAUUGACCGUCUCUCUAGGGCUGGGUUCUUUCUGUCCUGCUCCACUUGGGGAAGCUCAAAAUGGGGAUGUUGCCCUUGCUGCUUUGCGGGGUGUCUUUCAUGCUUCCACAUUUUGUGACAGCAGCAGGGAGUUGUAAAGAGGCUGAUAUGUACUAUGAGAUCAUUUCAGAGGGCCAGCCUUUUGCUUUCAAUUGCUCAUACCCUCCUGCAACAAACGGGGCAGUCAAUCUGACAUGGUACAAAACACCCAACCAAAGUCCACUCUCCCAUAACAGACAGCUUAGAAAUCACCAGGACGGGACCUGGAUUUUGUUUCUUCCCUUGGCAAAUGAGGACUCGGGCAUCUACCAGUGUGUUAUAAGGGAUGCCCACAGCUGUUUCCAAAUAGCUGUGAACCUAACUGUUUUUAGAAAGCAGUGGUGUGAUUCUUCCAUGGAGAGCCCCAUAAGUUCAUCGGAUGAGUAUCAACAAACCUUACCCAUGGGGAAAUCGGGCAGUCUGAUGUGUCAUCUCUACUUCCCAGACAGCUGUAUUUUGGAUUCAAUAAAGUGGUAUAAGGGUUGUGAAGAGAUUAAACCAGGGAAGCAGUAUACAUUUUCGGGAACAAAGCUUCUUGUGAACAAUGUCGCUGCAGAGGACCGUGGGAGCUAUUCGUGCACGGCCAGACUCACACACUUGGGGAGACAGUUCAUGGUUAGAAAUUACAUCGCUGUGAGCAUCAAGGAAGUUGUGUCCGGAGGAAGGAUUCCUAAUAUCACAUAUCCAAAAAACAACUCCAUUGAAGUUCAACUCGGCUCCACCCUGGUUGUGGACUGCAACAUAACGGACACGAAGGAGAACACAAACCUGCGCUGCUGGAGAGUCAACAACACCCUGGUGGAUGACUACUACCGUGACUCCAAACGCAUCCGGGAAGGAUUUGAAACCAAUGUUUCUUUGAAGGAUCACAUUUCGUACACAGUGAACAUCACAUUCUUAGAAGUGAAAAUGGAGGACUAUGGCCUUCCUUUCAUAUGCCAUGCUGGAGUGUCCACAGCCUACAUCAUGUUGAAGCUCCCAGUUCCAGAUUUCCGGGCUUACCUCAUAGGAGGGCUCGUGGCUUUCCUACUGUUGGUCGUGUCCAUCCUGUACAUCUACAGCAGUUUUAAGAUUGACAUUGUGCUUUGGUACAGAAGCGCCUUCCACACUCUCCAGGCUCUAGAUGAUGAGAAACUGUAUGAUGCCUACGUCUUAUACCCCAAGUGCCCAAGAAAAAGUCAGGGCCAUGAUGUGGAAACAUUGGUGUUGAAGAUCCUGCCUGAGGUGCUGGAGAAGCAGUGUGGAUAUAAGUUAUUUAUAUUUGGCAGGGAUGAAUUCCCUGGUCAAGCUGUGGCCAACGUCAUUGAUGAAAACAUUAAACUGUGUAGGAGACUGAUCGUCCUCGUGGCACCAGAAUCAUCCGGCUUCGGCUUUUUAAACAACAUGUCAGAAGAACAAAUCGCUGUCUACAAUGCCCUCAUCCAGGAUGGCAUGAAGGUCAUUCUGAUUGAGCUGGAGAAAAUCAAGGACUAUAGCAUCAUGCCCGAGUCCAUUCAGUACAUCCGACAAAAGCAUGGGGCCAUCCAAUGGGACGGGGACUUGACAGAGCAGUCACAGUGCGCCAAGACCAAGUUCUGGAAGAAAGUAAGAUACCGUAUGCCAGCCAGAAGGUAUCCACCAUCUUCCCCAGUCCAGCUGCUGAGGCACACACCCUGCAGCUGCACAUCAGGCAAAUGGGAUGCUGCCACAGAGCUCAUAACUCUCUGACAGAGAGUGGUUGGUGUGUGGUGACUCACAGCUACAUCCUCUUUGGGUUGUCUACCCCUGCAGCUUGCUCUUUUGUGCUGUGAGUGACUUUGUUCUUGUCCUUGUUGGAUUUUUUUGGAUGCUUUUAGUCAGACCUGAUUCUUUAGCACUCCUGUUUGCUUCAUGGCUCUUGGAUACCCAUAUUCUCUCCUGAGCAUGGGGUACCUAUGACACUGGGUCUCCAUGCCAGUGGGAUGCAGUGGAUGGUCAAAAUGACAGAUCAGGUGGCAAGGAUGCUUGGUCCAUGUCGGGGAUAGGAGGUUAGGCAGCCUGAGGAUACCAAGUGGGCAGCCUUGAGGAAGGCCAGCAAAGACAGUAGCACAGUAUCUGUGUUUGUCUAGUUUCUACCAGGCUUUGGUUCCCAGGCAGUGUAGAUUGCAUCUGAAUUUCCUCCACACUGCCACUGCAGUUAGAUAGCUAACCGUAGCUAGCAUGAUGCCCCUGAAAGCCACUUCGACGUCACUUGGGCCAAUGGACUCCAAGCUUUGAAAGAUAAUCUGUCAAAAUGGAAUUAAGAAAGAAAAUUUUUACUUUUUAAAGAUGCUUUGCCUGCCAGAAUUCAGAGGAACAUUUGAGAGAUACAAAUUACAGCUCUGUGGUAAUGCAAUUCUAACCCCAGCAAAUCUAUGUGAGCUUUUGGUUAGUGAGUGUGUCCUUUAUUAUAGGGCAAUUUAUGACUGCAUAGUUUGUCCAGUCUUUUAAUGCUAACCAGAGCUGCCAACCACUGUUACUAUUUCCCAAGGCCCAACCUGGAAAACAUCAGCUCCAAUUCAACUCUAUCAAGUUGUGGUUAACACAUGUGUGACUGCUUGGGGAAGCAUGAACAAACAUCCACUUAUUCUAGGUCAGGCACUGGACACAAACCAUGAAAACAAUUCCAUAUAAGUCUAGAUUAAUGAACCAGGGAUUUUAUUGGGGUUUCUUGAAGAAAUAUGGGUGAGGGGUGUGGUGAUAUUUUAUCUGUGUCCCCCAAUAAAGUUUAUCUGAGGAUCAGAGGAAAAAGCCAGCCACUAUAGUAAACAUAGAAGUCAGGCAAUGGUAGCACACGCCUUU